GCUCGGCUCAGCUCUAUCUACCAGCUUCCAUCACUCUCCUUUGUCCUCGGCCGAACGACCCAGGCACAGAAUCGCUUGGCUUGGCUUUGUUUACGCAACUCUCUAAACCAGUCCAUUACUCUCUGUCACAGCUCCUCUCCCCUCCCUCCUGGUCGACUCGCUCGUGGUUCCGUGCCACCUUGCGUUUGGACAUUCAUCUCCCCGCAUACAACAUCUGAACAUACAACACUCGUCAACUGAGUGUAGAGGCAACCAUGGUCGCCGACUUUAAGCUGUCGGCGCAAUUGGUCGGCCACGAAUCCGAUGUCCGAGCCGUUUCCUUCCCAUCCCCCGGCGUUGUUCUCUCCGCAUCCCGCGACUGCACCCUCCGCGUAUGGCGCCGCGCGCAAACAACACCCCCAAGCUUCGAUGCCACGCUACUGAGCCGCGGCUCUGAAUACAUCAACUCCGUCUCUUUCCUACCGCCCUCCAAGGACCGCCCAGACGGCCUCGUUAUAUCCGGCGGCAAGGACACCAUCAUCGAAGUCAAGUCCCCCAGCGCCACCUCUGCCGACAACGCCGAACGCCUUCUCGUUGGCCAUGCCCAUAACGUGUGUACUCUGGAUGUGGCCCCCGACGGCACAUACAUCGUGUCUGGCGGCUGGGAUGGCCAGGCCCGUGUCUGGAAUCCUACCAAGUGGGAGACGGAGCUGAUGCUGAGCGGUCACGAAGGCAUGGCUGUUUGGAACGUCGUGGCUUUCGAUGAGCACACUGUCGUGACGGGCUGUGCCGAUAAGAGCAUCCGCAUCUUCGACCUACGGAAAUCCACCGCUGGCGAGGUAGCGCCCCGUUCAACCAUCUACACCCCCGACGUCGUCCGCGCCCUCUGCCGGGUCCCCAAAAACCACCCUAGCGGUGCCGAUAUCGCGAGUGCCAGCAACGACGGCACCCUGCGUCUGUGGAAGCUCAACGGACAGCAGGUGGGCGAGCUUCAUGGACAUGACAGCUUCGUCUACAGCCUGACAAGCCUCCCCUCGGGCGAACUUGUCAGUGCCGGCGAGGACCGCACAGUGAGGAUAUGGAGGGGAACCGAGUGUGUCCAGACCAUCACCCACCCUGCCAUCUCCGUGUGGACUGUCGCUGCGAACCCCGAGACGGGUGACAUUGUCUCAGGCUCUAGCGAUGGCGCAGCUCGUGUUUUCACUCGUCGCCCAGAAGCAGUAGCCGACCAAGAGACGCUGAAGGAAUUCGAGGACUCCGUCAAGGCAUCUUCCAUCCCUCAGCAACAAGUCGGCGGCGUCAACAAGGAGAAGCUCCCCGGACCCGAGUUCCUCACCUCCAAGUCCGGCACCAAGGAGGGCCAGGUGCAGAUGAUCAAAGAAGACAACGGCUCUGUUACGGCGCACCAAUGGUCAGCAAGCCAGCAGCAGUGGAUCAACGUCGGCACCGUUGUCGACGCUGUAGGCAGCACGGGCAAGAAGGUUGAGUACAACGGUCAGUCGUACGACUACGUUUUCGACGUGGAUAUCGAGGACGGCAAGCCCGCUCUCAAGCUCCCAUACAACCUCUCCGAGAACCCCUACGAGCGCGCCACCAAGUUCCUCGGUGACAACGAGCUGCCCCUAACCUACCUCGACAACGUCGCCAACUUCAUCACCGAGAACACAAAGGGCGCCACUCUCGGCGCAGAUGCGGCACCGUCCGGCGGACCUGACCCCUACGGCACCGAGUCACGAUAUCGCCCAGGCCAGCCGACCGAGCCUCAGCAGCCCAAGGUCCUUCCCCAGAAGGAGUACCUGAACAUCUCAGCUGCCAAGUAUGAAGCCAUGUUCAACAAGAUCCUUACCAUCAACAAGAACAUGAUCUCCUCGGGCCGCAAAGAUGCUGCCUUCAACCCCGAAGAGGAGACCAUCCUUCGUGCCCUGCGUGAAUCCCUCGAGUCUUCAAAGCCCCUGCCCCCCAAAGCCCUCGGUCUCGUCGUCCGCCUCGUUACCCAGUGGCCCUAUGGCGACCGCCUCCCCGGCCUUGACCUCCUCCGCUGUGUGGCAAAGUUCCCGCUCGCCGCAGACGUCUCCGAUCCCCAACACGGUACUCUACUAGAUCUCGCCACCGCUGCGUCCGUCCCUAGCGGCGGCGAUGCUCCCAGUGAGAAUGCCGUCAUGAUGGGCCUGCGAACCCUCGCCAACCUCUUCUCCUCUGCCAACGGCCGCAGCGUCGUCAGCGCAAAUGCCGACAAGGCCAUCGGCUUCCUCGAGCGUGUCACGGGUAUCUCUGGUGGCGACCCCAUCGGCCCCUUUAACCGCAACGUUCUCAUCGCAGCCACCACCGUCGCCAUCAACCUCGCCGUCCUCGCGCACCGCGAGCGCCUCCUCGCGGUUGAGCAGCGCCGCCGCCUCGUCAUCGUCCUCGGCGCCGUGCUCAACAAGGACCAAUCCGACUCCGAGGUCCUCUACCGCGCUCUCGUCGCUCUCGGUACAGUCCUCUCCGCCUCGAACCAAGAGUCGGCAAACCUCGGCGUGGCUGGCUGGAUCCAGGCCGCCGCCGCUCGCUCCUCCGAAGACCGCGUCAAGGCCGUCGCCGCGGAGUGCUCCAAAGUCGCCCCGCGAUGAAACGCCCACUUCCUCAUAACCAAAACGAUGCCAAGGGGGACAGCGGCUGACGAAAUCAGAUGGCCGACACGUGCGACAGUGUGAUUGUGACGAGGAACCCCGUUGUCCGUCACGGCGCUUACGCCGAAUUGCGAGCGUGUCGUCACACCCCGGGAAAGGGACCUGCCGGAUCGAAUCCCCACUCCGGCCGGCAAUACGGGAUUGUCGCCCACCUAUUUUAUUUGGUUCCUUGCAUAGGCUCGGGCCGGACGGCAGAGAGAAGAGAGAUGGAGCAGCAUAGUGUGGAGCAUAACGCA